AAAAAGGUAUCUGUUUUCGUUUGGACGCAUUAGUUGACAACUUGACACUUCUGCGGUUAAACUGACGAGUAUAAAAAUGGCUGGAAAUUAUUAUUUUGUAAUCGUGGGUCACAACGAUAACCCCUUAUUUGAAAUGGAAUUCAAUCCUGCAAACAAGGAAACAAAGAAAGAAGAUCACAGGCAUUUAAGCCAAUUUAUUGCGCAUGCUGCGCUAGAUUUAGUCGACGAACACAUGUGGACGACCAAUGCACUUUAUUUAAAAAUUGUUGACAAGUUCAAUGAAUGGUUUGUAUCAGCCUUUGUAACAGCUAGUAGAAUGAGAUUUUUGAUGCUUCAUGAUGUAAAGAAUGAAGAUGGCAUCAAAAACUAUUUCAUGGAGAUGUAUGAAACUUAUAUUAAGCAUUCCAUGAAUCCAUUUUAUGAAAUGAACACUCCAAUAAAAUCCCCAGCUUUUGAAAAGAAAGCCUUAUUUUAUGGGAGGAAGUUUCUGACGGGUUAGCUGUGUGGCUCUUUGGACUCUUGUAUGAUGCUAAUCAUUUCAGCGGUAAAUCUAUGAAGUGGAAAACCCACAACAUUAUAAUAAUCUCCAUCAAUUGCUUCUAUCAGACUUCCACCUAGCCCUUGGAUUCCAUAUGAUCCUGCUUUACCCCUGCAUUGAUGUCAAUAAAAUUAAUAUUUAAAAAAUUUUUAUUUUGCAAAGAAACACUUACAGUGACUCUCCUGAUUCCACAUAACUGUUUAUUAUGAGGUUGCUCAGUGUGGCCAUCUUGACUCGAGUUACUUCUGAUAUCAACCUCUCUUUGUAUCCAUUUUGUGAUUUGUAAUGAAUACUGAGGCCUGUUACAACUGAGUGUACCUUUCCACUCAAUCUGUUGAAAAUUUAAUGGAAAAUUUUUAUUC